AUGGCUCGUAAACAUUAUGAGGAUGAAGACUUCAUCCCAGGAACUGUGAACAUCUUCGCUUCCAAGUACGACAAUGAAGACGGUACUCCCAAUAAGCAGGCCGAUUUAAAAAAAGACAAAAAUGGAGUCAUUUUGCUUCCACAGCCUUCCAGUUCUCCCAAUGAUCCACUUAACUGGUCAUCUUUAAGAAAGGGAUGGCACCUAAUUUUGGUCUGUUUCAUCACUGCCCUCACAGCUGCUACUUCUAACGAUGCUGCAUCAGCUUCUGACGCUAUGAAUGAAAUAUACGGGAUCACCUACGACGCAUUCAACACGGGUGCUGGUAUCUUAUUCAUUUUCAUUGGUUGGUCUUGUAUUUUCUUUGCUCCAGCAUCUUCCUUAUACGGAAGACGUAUCACUUACAUGAUCUGUUUGCUCUCCGGUUGCUUGGGUUGUAUGUGGUUUGGUCUCACCAAGAAGACUUCAGAUUCUUUAUUCUCCCAGAUUUUUGUUGGUUUGAGUGAACUGUGUACUGAAGCUCAAGUUCAACAAAGUAUUAGUGAUGUUUUCUUCCAGCAUCAGUUAGGAUCUACUUUAACCCUUUAUAUCUUGUCUAUCUCCAUUGGUUCCUUCUUGGGACCUUUGAUCGCCAACUACAUUGGCGAAGGUCAAGGCUUCAGAUGGAUCGGAUACUGGGGUGCUAUCAUUUGUGGUGGUACCUUAGUCGUUGUCUUCUUCGGCUGUGAAGAAACUGUUUUCGACAGAACUAAGUACAUCCCAAUUAUUGACUCUGCUGUUUCCAACCUGUCAGACGAUCAAAUCGAUACCAAUGUUCAAGAUAAGAAGGAAAAUGCAGAUGAAGAAAUUUCUGAUGAGAAGAUUGGAUCUGAAACCGUCACUACUGAUAAGAUUAAGCACGUAAACUCGCCAAGAUUAAUGACGAUGACUUCAGAAAACCCAGAGACUGCAGCACAAGAGUUGGGAUACAAUGCCGAGGACGAAAAAUGGAGUUACUGGAAACGUAUCGCUGUUAUCACCCCAUCCUCAUACCUUAAGGGAACUGGUUUCUUGCAAUAUAUCUAUAGAUUUGUGAUAUAUUUCAAGGUUUUCACUAUCCCUGCUGUCUGGUUUAGUGGUAUCCUUUGGGGGUUACAAGAUGCAUACAUGUCCUUCUUCCUUACCACUCAAGAUGACUACUUUACAGAAGACCCUUGGAAUUAUACCGAAAACGGUGUUGCCAUCAUGAACGUACCUACUUUAAUUGGUGCCGUUAUCGGUUGUAUCAUGUCUGGUAUCAUUUCCGAUUACCACAUUCUUUGGUUGGCAAAGAGAAACAACAGUAUAUACGAACCAGAAAUGAGAUUAUGGCUUUUGAUCGUUACCAUGAUUAUCUCCCCAUUGGGUUUAAUCAUGUUCGGUGUCGGAGCAGCAAGACAAUGGCCAUGGCAAGCUAUAUACGUUGGUUUAGGAUUCAUUGGAUUCGGUUGGGGUUCCAUUGGUGACACCGCCAUGUCUUACCUUAUGGAUUCAUACCCUGAGAUUGUCAUUCAAGGUAUGGUGGGGGUUUCCAUCAUCAACAAUACCUUGGCAUGUAUCUUCACAUUCACAUGUAGUCAGUGGCUUGAAUCUUCAGGUACGCAAAACACUUACAUUGCUUUAGCAGUAAUUGACAUUGUUACCAUUGGAAUGGUUUUCCCCAUGUUCUGGUACGGUAAAAAGUUCCGUAAGAUGACCAAGGGAUUGUACAUUAACUUAGUUGAGUUGUCCCAGGGUAAUUGA